AUGGCGGACCCUCUCAGUAUUGUUGGCACCACAGCAGGCCUACUGUCACUCGGUAUUCAGGUGUAUGGCGGCAUCAAAGAAUACCUGGGUGCCAUCCAAACUCGAGACGAAGACCUGGAAGGUGUCCGAAGGCAUGCGAGCUUACUCAAAGAUAGUCUCGCGGCUAUUGAGAAGGGCAUUCAGAGCACAGCUAUACACGAACAGCCUUCUAUUCCAUCGGUAGUUUUUUGCUUGCAAUCCUGCAAGACUGAACUCAAUUCUUUGAGGAUUUUCCUCUUCGAACUUGGAUAUCCCCCUGCUACACCAUCCACAUCACUCAGAGCCACGAUCAGCGAAGGAAAGAAGAAGCUGGUAUAUCCAUUCAAGCGGGGGACUAUCACUAAGCUAGAGGAUAGAUUGCGAAAUGUCAACGGAAUACUCCACACGGCAUUGCAAUCCUUGGGAAUGAAUGUCUUAUCUGAAUUGCAUGAAAUGGUCGCUGACCACAAGGGAAAAUCGGAUGUCCUUAUGGGGAACAUUGUGACCCUCCAGUCUGAGACUUCUAUGAUCAGUACAUCGGUCUGCUCGAUUCAACAGACUGUUCCAUCGAUUAUGAAAGGUGUCCAACAUCUAGGCCCACUAAUGGAAACCCAGGUCUCAUCGCUAUCGAGCCGAAUGGAUCAGACGUACGAAGCAGUGCAAAGUAACUUUUCAGGUCUCGGAGACCGUAUUGAAGCUUCUUCACAAUCUCAGAGGUUCCAACUCGAUCGUAUUGAAGCACGUAUGGCACAGAAAGAGCAGGAAGAUGCCAGGUUACGUCGUGUCGAAGAGAUCUUGGCCAAUCUGCAGCUGACAGAUCCUUGUACACGUCAGCAAAACUACACGUCAAAUAUUGCUGUUGGACGUCUGGUUGCAAAGCCAAAUCAUCUCAAGCUUUUAUGCGACGACUUCGACUCCGAACGAGAUUGCUUUCCUUCAAUCACUCAGUCACAGCACUCAGUCACUCGAACUCUGAAAAGAAGGGCAGGCAAUUGCCAGUGCAGCGCAUACCGGCAUCGAAAACGAAGCUACAUUAAAUGGGGGCCUCUAGCCCUUUUCCAUUAUAGGGACACUAUGGCUACCUCGUGCCAAUGCUCUGAGUAUGCCCUCCAGGAAAGUCACAGAAGAGUCGGAGGAACGUACCUGGGAUCAGGUACUCUGCUCAAGCGCGCAAUCCAGAUCACAUUCCUAAUGAAGCGCGGAGCUGGCGGCGCCAGCAUGAACGCUAAUCUGUCAUUCUGCAACGUCGUAGAUGAACAGAAAUCUCCAGUGUUUCGUUUGCUCCGUCUAGUGAUACACGCGUUGAUAUCCAAACCCAAAUUAACCCGCUGGAAGUCCGGUGAUGUUGAGAGACUUUUCAAAGAAUGUCGCUUGAACAUUGGGCAUCUCUAUCGUUUCCGGAAAAGCAGGGCCAAGAGAUAUAACAUCACAAGGAGAAUCUAUUUUACAUCGUGCCGCUUUUUGGGUAAAGCUCCUUGGACUCGAUCUGCGCGCUACUAG